AUGGCUGAAGCAUACAGCUUCGCAGGCCAUACAUAUGGCGAUGCCGGAGUCCUGUCAUAUCGCCUGGCUGAUCACAGCCUGGGAGACCACAUUGGCAGCUUAGACUCAUCUCGGCACACCGACAAAGAGCCUCGAUUCUCUCUGGUCGGCGCAUCUGCUGAGCUCUACCCACCAUCCAAGUCAGCCCAGCCCAGCGCAAGCUCUGAUUUAUGGCGCAUUCGCCGAGAGCAACAUCGAUGGCUCAUCAAGUCCCAUCCCGAAGCAGCCAUGGGCAAUUUUGCGUUUCAGGAGCCGCUUCGUGAGGACAUGACCAAGUUCAAGACGCAAGAGACGUUUACCAGCGCUGGCUCAUUACUUGCCAUUGGGUCCAUGCCAACUGUGUCUGGUCGCCAAGACACGAAAAAGCCCGUUCCAUUUUUGGCUUCUGCAACAGGGGAAUCCGGUGAAUCUCUCCGUGUGACUGUCGCGGAUCAGACGGCGUGGGAGUGGGGAGAUGGCAACGAUGCUUCGUUGCAGCUCUCCGUCAUCGACCCUCUGCAGAGUGAGAGAGAAAUAUCAUGGGCUACUGACGGUCUCCCCAUCACGCAGGUCAAAUAUGCAGAAGGUCUUUCGAACCAGGUCAAUGUACGAUGGCUACUAGUUCAAAAGGGCACCUCAACGACCAUACUCCAGCCGGAGCACCACCCUGUACCGAUUACCGAGACUCAAAUCAUGGAUGGCUCCAUCACAGGCAACUCGGCAUCGCUGGUCAAAGCAAACCCAAUCUUGAGGCUGCACCACACCGACACGGGUGGAAAUGCCCACGCGGAUGUAGUGUUUAGCCCUGCAGCCUUUGGGCAAGCUCCUCUUCUCGCUUUGAUAGACGAAUGCGGCUUCUGGAGCAUCUGGGAUCUUAUGGGAACCUAUAGAAUCGACAUAAACAGCGUCAGAGUCAUGCUGCGAGCAUGUGGGCAAAUCAAUACUGGUCCACUCGACGAAUUCCCUGCCCAGCAUAAAUAUCCAGCUGAAAAGCAUGGGCUCAUUGUAGUCUGCAAACCAAUGGACGCUAUGCUAGAUCCAUUGGAAACAGACACACGCGCAGGCUCUACUAGGUGGCCGGCGCCAGUUCUUCUUAUGUGGAGAGCUGACCAGCUUCAGGCAGUGAACAUGCAUUCAGCCACAGUGGUAUCACCUUUGAGGAGAUUUUGGGCACCGGAAGGCAAAAACAAUCGGAUUGCUGAUGUGCAGAACUGUCCUAGUACCGAGAGUCGUGUCUUUAUAUUGACCGAGAAAAGCCUCGUAUGGGCUGAAAUCCGACAGGAGCAGGAAUAUCCCACAGUUCUUGCCAGCAUAUCUCACGUUGGGGGCGGAUCAUCACUGCCAAAGAUGACGACUUGUGCUUUAGACGAUGGCACAGCCAUGGUUUUCACAUUGUGCACCAAGACAAGUCAGUUGUCAGUGUACUGGUUCAAAGCUAGGGCAGGCGGCCCCGUGCGCUGGCAUAGACAUGUCACCUCACUUCCCAGCGCAAACGACGUUUCACGGCCCUCGCAUAUCUCCCAAAUGACUGUCACGCCACUGUCUCUCGAUCUCUCUGAUAACAAAUACCCAUCUGGCUUGGGAGCUCAAUACAAACGCGCCGGAGUACAAUUUUUCCAGGUCAACGUUUUGUUUGAUGAUUUAAGUCUCCGAUACGGCAUCUAUACGACCAUGUACGCUCCUGGGCAAGAUAUCGUACUGCCCACGAAACGGCUGGCUUGGUCGAUGACGGAACAGCAACGACAAUGGAAGAAAAGACGAGAUCAUUUCCUGCAACACUUUGAAACCACUUUUGUCCUGCCUGAUGGCAUGACGGAAAAGGGAUUGGCGUCAGCUCUGCAGCGUCGUAAUGCUGGAGAAGAUGAACUGGUUGGCCACAAAGAGCCAGAAGUCAAGGUUCCGCAACCGCGGGCGGGCCCCAAGGGUCUCCCCAGAGAUUUGUUUGACGCCAUACUGGACAUGUUUAAUCACAGUGAGCUGGGAAGCCGGGCUCCGUUGGCGACCUGGCACCAGCUUGCAGAAGCAGUGGGUGACGACGCUGAACUCGACGACGUCAGCAACGGCAUGGAAACGGAAAUAGAAAGGCUGUUUGAUGCUACCGACGAGAAUAAACAGGUCCCUCAGCUUCGUCGCUUCACUGACAGGGAGCCAGCAGAUGGGUUGGUCGGCUUCGCAUACCUAUUUCACGAAUAUUGCAACUUCUGGCUUGAUUCUCCUGACUCUCGCGUAUCAGAUGAGGUUCAGGAGCAGCGAAAAGUUUGGAUAGCUGAGGUGGCGCGGAAUAUGCUCCUCUCCAGCUACGGUGUCCUGGUACAAGACAUUUCCAUUUUUGGUCCUCAGAACCUGGAGGUCUCGCAACGGUCACGCAGGGAACCUGCAAGCUCGGCUAUGCUCACGUCCUCGCCCCGCAGCUCACAGCCUUCUCAAGUACCAUCUGAGCCCAAUAAUGGCGGCGGCGGGGCCAUCUCUAGGCUCUUUUUAUUAGCCCCGUCACUGGCUACUGCGGAACUUGCCUCGUCAAAACCUCACAGUCUGCUGUCGUACUGGCCUGCUGAGCGUGGCCACGAUCCUGAACGCUACGUGUCGACAGUAGCCGUCGCCUCGGACGACAAGUUCAGAGAGGCGCGAGACAGGCUGCAGCGGAAGGAGGCGCGGCGGAGGUCCCAUGUAGAUAAAUUUCGGCGACAGUCGAUGAUGCGCCCGAGCAUGGGGCGCGAGCAUGAGGACGAGGCUAUGGGCUCCUCGCCAGGUCCUAUGCGCGUACAGGUCAUGUCGAGUCAGGCAGGGCCAAGCUCGUCCCAGACGCAGGCGCCAUCAAUGCCGCCUCUGACCAUGAGCCAGCCUGUCUCUGGCGCGUUUGGCGCGCGAAAGAAGAAGACCAAGCCAAAACGGAAGAGUGGCUUCAGAUAG